AGGGUAGGGGGCCAGCUCUGCGUGUGGACGGAGGAAUACGAACCAGCACUGGUGGUAAAGACGAAAACUAGAAAGAGGGAGACAUGGAGAGUGGGAUAACUGAUAAUAAUUCAUUCGAUGAACGGCUGUACUCGAUCCUGAACAAAAACGUUCGAUAGAAUUUCGUUCAAAGCGUGUUGCGGGCAUCGUUCGUUCGGCUUGUUUCAUGUUUUUCUGUUGAUUUUAUGGUUGCCUGCGCAUUUUGAUUUGUUCGUGAAUAUUCAAGUAUUGAACUCUAGUUAUUUGAUUUACCUACCAAGUGUUCGUCGUCGUCCAUGGAUAAUUGUUCAAAAUGAAUCCCAUCGUUCGAAGGAAUUAGACACCCAGUGAGGGCUUGCGAAUAUUCAAGUUGAAAUUUUGAAGGGAGCAAUGUAGAUAUGGCUACCGAUUCGCCUACAGAACGGACAGAAGUCUCCAUCUCAGAAGAAAUUGGUCCAUCCGAUGAUUCUCUUGACAAUACCCUCAAACCCCACAACGAAAGUUGCGAAGAAAGCGAAAGCAACACCACCAUACACGGAUUCAACAUAUCCAACAUAACAGUAAUCGAGAGACAAAUAGUUGACCAGGACGAUCACACCAAGAUAGGGCCCCAAUGCGAAGGUAGUGACAGUGGCGUAGAAGUAGUUGAAACUUUAGACGUAUGUGCACUAAAACGAAACCUGAGCUCCAACAGCGCCACCUCCCAAGACCUCGACAUAAACUGUACUCAGUCCUGCAACUCCUCCAUAAUAAGCUGUUGCUCCAACUACGAUGAAGCCUACAACUUACUGGUGCGGAAAAACUCCACUUUGCUAGAAGAUUACCGAAGACACGGUGACGUCACCAGCGAGAAUGGUAGCGAGAGUUCCUCCAUCAGUGGUUCCCAACUGCGAAGCACCAGAAGAACGUCCUUCAAUGGCGCCAAGAAGAAAGUUACAACCACAGAACCGAGAGCCAAGCCGACAACUAAAGAUAGAUCUCGAUCGAAACCCCCAGUCAAUCCCAGAGCUUCUACUGGACCAACAAGACUGAAAUCAGUCGACAGGUCACAACUCAAACCAAGCCAGAGUACUAAACCAAGCGGCACGAAAAACAAAAACGCUCCUACCAGUUUGGAUCUAGCUGGCGGUUCGAAGAAAGAUACAAGGAAAGCUUCCUCAGCCACAGUACGGACCUCUUCCAAUUCCAGGACUGCUUCAACAACCCCUUCCGAUGACGGAAGAUGGCCUUCGGUGAAUAGCAAACCUGCUCCGUUGAUGUCGAGGUCUUUGAAAGGCUCUUUAGAUUCGCCGAAGCAGAAAUUAUCCCAGCUGGAUGCUAAGACCAUCGAAAAAUACGCCACCCUGCCUAGACAGAAGAAGGAAAAGGUUGCAGACAGUGUAAGGGAUCAGAAGAAGAGCAGAAGCAGAGAAAACACCCUACACCGCAUAGCCUUAACGAAAAAAAGCUCAAGAGAUAUCAAUCCUACUCCAUCCAAAACGACCAACAGUCUGUUGUUGCCUAAGAGUAAAGCUAAAACGAAAAUUUACCAUGAAUCUUCUAUUCAGACCGUGCUUACGAUGUCUGAUGUGGAGAAUGCUCUAACUGGUGCUACAGUUUCUCCUAAAACUCCCUUAGAUUUAGAAAAAUGUGAUAUGUAUGUUCAGGUAGAACUGAGCGAUCCUGAAGUUGAGAAGCUUCAGAGAAUGCUAGGCCAGCUGAACGAUAAAUUCGAAUCAUUGCAAGUCGAGCAUUUAAAACAGACUGAAAAACUCAAAGAGACUGAAUCCAAGUUAACGGAUGUAACUAUCGAGAAAGAAGGUUUACGGAAAGAACUCGAAAACAAUACCCAAAGAGUGUUAGCUAUAUUAGGAGACACAGAUCCUGAUAAUGCAUCCAGUGAUAGUCUCAUGGUGUUAGAAUCGAAGUUCCAAAAUGUCGGUCAAGUUGUUGUUCAGCAAGAGGAGGAAAUCUCCAGGCUGAAUAUGCUGUGUAGGUCACUCCAGAUGGACCUCGAAAGGCACCUGAGUGCCCAAAGGAUAUUACAACGACAGCACGAAGAUUUGGAAAUGGAGAGCAUGGAAUUGCAGGAUUUCAUGCAGGCUGAAAAGAUGACGCUUCACGAUGCUCUGAAGGAAUCUGAAAUCGAAAUCCAGAGACAAAAAACGGUGAUAAAGCAGAAGGAAAAAGAAGUAGCUGAACAACAAGAAGAGUAUAGACAAUUGGUUACAUUGAGCGAGCAGCAGAGACUGGAAAACAUAAAUCUCCAGUCGCGAUUGGGGGUGUUGGAAUCUAAAAGCAGAGAGCUACUUGUUCAACAGGGCAGCACAGUGUCAGGGGCAGCUGUGGCAUUGUCAUCUCUCAUUGGACGAUUAGACGGCCUGGUCGAGGAACUCGUUAGUGCUUAUAGUAUUUCAGAACAAGAAUUAGAGGAUGUGAUAUUCCAUAAUGAAGCCUACAAAAACAGCAGCAGUAGUCCCGAAUCGACACCUGAGAAGUCGAAAAAAAUGUUCAUCAGUAGCUCACCAUCGCCACAAAAAGGAUCUAGUUUUGUGUCCGCCGUGAUAAACGCCAUCAAAAGCGCAGCACAGUCUCCGUUCGCUCUCAGAGACCUCAGCAAAGACAAUUUAUAUACAGAUCAUUCCAGCUCGAACGAGAUGCUCGACUCGGAAACCGAACCCUGCCUCAUGAUGGAGCACGUCCUCGAAGACGUCGUUAUACCGGACGGCCACUCACACAACCUCGUCUCCUCCGGCCACGGCAGCGCGCUCUCCUCCCAACUGACCCACUCCUCCAUCCUCAAGGACGGAUUGACCCACUCCUCCAGCCUCAAGGACCUCUCGCGGCAUAUGUCGGAGCCUCUCGGCCUCAGCCUGAGUCUGUACGGGAGUCUCACGGCCUCCUAUCCAAGUGACUUCACUUCCGUUUCGCUGGUGGACCAGGUGAUCGAGGUGGAUAAUUUGAUCACCAGGCUGCUGAAGGUCAUCCGGAUCAUACAGCUGGAGAACGAAGACUGCAUGGGGGAGGUACAGGAGGAGAGGGACGGGCUGUGCGAGCAGGUGGAAAGGCAAAAGGAGACCAACAAGGUGGUGGUGCGGCAGCUGAAGGACUGGGAGGUGCUUGGCGCCAGGCUGAAGACGGAGGUGAAGGAGCUGCUGGCGCAGAACGGCAGGAAGAACACCGAGAUGGACGGGCUGAAGGUCGAGUUGAAUAAGCAGAGAGAAGAAGUAGAGAAGCUCAACCAAGAUGUCUGUGAAUUAUCCACUGCCCUAUCCAAAGCGGAAUUGGAACAUAAAAUGAAAGAAGAGGAAGUUUCCGAAGAAAUGAAAAAGUGGGAAAAGACCGGCGAAAUUCCAGCCCCAGAAAUUUUAGGAAGACUUGUGUCAGCUCACAAUGAGAUACCAAUGCUGAAACAGAAACUAAAUGACAAGGAAAAACAUCUGACUGAACUGACUCAUGAAUUCCUAGCAAGUAGGCAGGUACUCUCGGAAAGCUUGAAAGACGCUGUCAAUGAAUCGAAGAAACAGUAUGAUGCAAUCGAUAAGGCAUUAGAAGUAAGAAAACAUAAUACAUAUCUUCGGAAAACAAACAUAGAAUAUCAAUUCAAUAAUAUUGCAUUGUCAAAUGAUGAGGAAAAUAAUCUGAAAAUUGUAUUAGUGAGGGACUUGGAAGAGACGAGUUUCCAGAGCGCCACCACCAUGCCUCUGAUAACGCCGGCGGAUUUCAAUGCGAACGCGGCUUUACUACAAGCCGUGGCCAACUUGGAAACGGCCCCCACGAUCAAUUCGACCGCUUAA